UUUAGGUUUAUUUCUUUUUUGAUUAUAAAACCGAAAAUGGACGAUUUACUUGAUAGUAUUGACGCCUCAGAAGACCAACAACCAGCUCCAUCAUCAAUGACUUUACUUGAACAACGUAAACAAAACGAAGCUAGAGCAUUUUCUCAAGGAUUAUUACAAAGUAUGGCUGGUGGAAGUAAUGCUGCUAGUUCUUCUGGUGGUAAAAGAUCUUCUGAAAUUAUUCAGUCUACAACUGAUGAGUUUAUGGAAGAAGGGCCUUCCUCUUCUAAAAAGAUCAAAGAUGAAGUGGAGGAAGUUGAGGAUAUUGAUCAAUCACUUUUGAGAGGUCCAGCAAUUCGAACUUAUAUGGUUAAAGCUGAAAAUAAUUGCACUCACGAGGUUGUAAUUCCUGAAGAUUUUGAAUAUUCUGGUCUAAGAACAAUUACUGGCGAUCCUGCAAAAACUUAUGAAUUUAAAUUGGAUAUGUUCCAAAAACAAGCAAUUACUUGCCUAGAUAAUAAACAUUCGGUACUUGUUUCUGCUCACACUUCUGCUGGAAAAACUGUUGUUGCUCUUUAUGCGAUUGCCUUAGCACUUCGUGAUAAACAACGUGUUAUAUAUACAUCUCCAAUCAAAGCUUUAAGUAAUCAAAAAUAUCGUGAAUUGGCUGAGGAAUUUGAGGAUGUUGGAUUGAUGACUGGGGAUGUAACAUUAAAUCCAAAUGCUUCUUGUAUUGUUAUGACAACAGAAAUUUUGCGUUCAAUGCUUUACAGAGGUUCUGAAAUUACUCGCGAAAUUGGAUGGGUAAUUUUUGAUGAAAUCCAUUAUAUGCGUGAUAAAGAACGUGGAGUUGUUUGGGAAGAGACUUUAAUUUUAAUGCAAGACACAACUCAUUUUGUUUUUCUUUCUGCAACAAUACCUAAUGCUAAGGAAUUUGCAAAAUGGAUUUGUUAUCUUCAUCAUCAACCUUGUCACGUUGUUUACACGGAUACUCGACCUGUUCCUCUUCAGCAUUUAAUUUUUCCAUGUGGUGCAGAUGGCUUAUAUGAAGUUGUUGAUAUAAAAGGAAAUUUCAAACAAGAUAAUUUUCAAAAAGCUAUGAAUUUUCUUGUCGAUUCACAGCCACUUGGUGAUAAUGUUGAUAAUGCUACAGGUCCACCAAGGCGUAGUAUUGCCGGUGGUGGAGGUGAUCCACUCAACAAAAGUGUUUUGAAAAUUAUUAGAACAAUUCAUGAACGUGAUAUGCUUCCUUGCAUUAUAUUCUCUUUUAGUCGAAAAGAAUGUGAAAUGUAUGCAACAAAAGUUAAACAAAUGGAUUUUAAUUCAGAAGAAGAAAAGCGUGCUGUUAGUCUUAUUUUUGACAAUGCUAUUGAUUUACUUGCCGAUGAAGACAAAAAACUACCUCAAAUUAAGAAUGUUUUGCCCUAUUUGUUAAGAGGAAUUGGUAUUCACCAUUCUGGUCAAUUACCUAUAAUGAAAGAAAUUGUUGAAAUUUUGUUUGGUGAAGGACUUAUUAAGACCCUUUUUGCAACCGAGACUUUUGCUAUGGGUGUUAAUAUGCCAGCAAAAACUGUACUUUUCACUUCAGCUCGUAAAUUUGAUGGAACAGUAAAUCGUUGGAUAAGUGGUGGUGAAUAUAUUCAAAUGAGUGGGCGGGCAGGACGACGUGGCAAAGACGAUCGUGGCUUGGUCAUUCUUAUGUUGGAUACACAAAUGAGUGCUGAUCAAGCUAUGCAUUUGCUUAAGGGUAACAGCGAUCCGCUUAAUUCACAAUUUCGACUGACUUACAAUAUGGUACUUAAUUUGUUCCGUGUUCCUGAAAUCAAUCCACAAUAUAUGUUGGAGAAGUCUUUUUAUCAAUUCCAGAAUUAUGCUGCUAUACCAAAUCUAAGACAAGCAAUGCGCGAGAAACAUGCUUUACUUAUGGAUGCUCGUGUUAGUCAUGAGAUGGAAAUUGAGGCUUAUUAUAAUAUUGAAAAGCGUAUUCAACAAUUACAACAGUCAAUUAAAUCUAAAAUUUUGAAGCCUUCUAAAGUUGUGCCGUUUUUCCAGCCUGGACGUUUAUUAAAGAUGAAACAUUUCGACAAAGAUUAUGAUUGGACAGUUUUGAUAAAUUGGCGCAAAACACCUAAUCCUUUGGAUCCUACCUCACCGGAACUUAUAUAUAUUGUUGAGGUAGCUGUUUUAGUGAGUAAAGAAAGUGAGCGCCAUUUACCUAAUCUCGCCCUUCUUAAGCCGCCAGAUUUGCGUGAACAAGGGGUCAUCUGCGUUAUACCUUUUACUUUUGAAUGUAUAUCUGCAAUAAGUACGAUUAGAUUGAAAGUUCCACAAGAAUUGAAGAGCAAGGAAGCACGAGAUGCAUUAGCAAUUACUUUAGCGGAAACCAAAAAACGUUUUAGCAAUUUAAUUCCCGAACUUGAUCCAAUUGAACAUAUGGGAAUAUCUGAUCCACAAGUAAAGAAGGAAAUUGAAUUAUUGUUUACUCAUGAACAGAGAUACAAGGAUCAUCCUUUGAAGGGACGUCCAGAUUUUGAUCAAAUUUACAGUGCAUAUAUGAGAAAAUUAAAAUUAGAAGAGGAAUAUAAAGAAGCUAAAACUAAAUCUGAAAAUAGUCGAAAGUUGUUACAAAUGGAUGAAUUACAAUGCAGAAAACGUGUGCUUAGACGUCUUGGUUAUGCGAAUGAAGAAGAUACAAUUACCGAUAAAGGACGUGUUGCUUGCGAAUUAAGUUCAGCUGAUGAAUUAUUAUUGACAGAAAUGUUAUUUACUGGGGCAUUUGCUUCAAUGGAGGCUGAAGAAGCUGCUGCUUUGCUUACUUGUUUUGUAUUUGAAGAGAAAGCGCCAACAUUAAGAUUACCAGAAAACCUCAGCAGUGCUUUGAGGAAUUUACAAAGUAAUGCAAAGAAAAUCGCAAAAGUUUGUAUUGAAUCAAAACUUGAAUUGGAUGAAGAAAAAUAUGUUGAACAGUUUAGCCCUGGAAUGAUGGAUGUUGUUUAUAAUUGGUGUUUAGGCUCUUCUUUUGCACAAAUAAUGGAAAAUACACAGCUUUUUGAAGGAAGUAUUAUCCGUUGUAUGCGUCGUUUAGACGAACUUUUACAUGAAAUGAUUGGUGCUUCUAGAUCGUUACAAGAUGACUCACUUGUUGAAAAGUUUGAGAAGGCUAGAAAUUUGUUGAAGCGUGAUAUCGUUUUUUCUGCAUCUUUAUAUCUCUAAGGUGGACUAUUUGGUAAUUAUAAUACUAUUUAUAUUUUGUUCCUCAUUUAUCUUCUGCUUUUAUAAAAGUUUUUUUUGUAAAUUUAUUCUCAU